CCUUGCAUCAUGCCAAGCUUUUGUUACUGAAUUGUUGGUAAACCUGGCUAAGUGGGUUUUCCUAUUCGUCUGACGAAGCUUGAGGAAAAGAGAGCUUCAAAUUCACUAACUUCAUCAUGGCAGAAGUAGCUGAUAUGGUUGAAGGAGGCACUGGCAAUGCCAGCGGCCCCAUGGACAUCAACAAGGCUGUCCAGAAAGUCUUGAUGACCGCCCUGAUCCACGACGGAUUGGCCAGGGGAAUCCACGAAGCUGCGAAGGCUUUGGACAAGCGUCAAGCCCUUCUUUGUGUGCUGGCCGAGAACUGCGACGAGCCUAUGUACAAGAAGCUUGUGCAGGCUUUGUGCAAUGAGCACCAGAUCCCGCUCAUCAAGGUUGAUGACAACAAGAAACUUGGCGAGUGGUCUGGUCUCUGCAAGAUCGACAGCACAGGCAAAGCCCGCAAGGUUGUCGGUUGCUCCUGUGUCGUCGUCAAGGACUGGGGUGAGGAAACACCUGAAUGCGACUUUGUCAAGGAAUAUCUGAAGCAGUGAAUGACGAUGCAUUUCCAUUAAAAGGCAAACUCGUUUUUACUUAAACCUAA